AUGUCCGCCACAGUUCCAAUUCCGUUUUCAGAGCCACCAUAUCUGCUUGGCCUGCCUUCACCAUACUACACACCAGAGCUUCGUGCAUGGCAGAAGGCCGUUCGCGAGUUCACAACAGAGCACCUUCACAAGUACGCUUGGGAUUGGGAGAAAGAAGAGACAGUUCCUGAACAUGUCUAUGGCAUAUUCGCGAAAGCUAACAUGCUUGUCGCAACCCUCCCAGCGCCGUUGCCAGUGAAAGAGUUGAAAGCAUGCGGGAUUCAUGAUAUCCUCGGCGUUGUUAAGGUGGAGGACUUCACAUACUUUCACAACCUGAUCUUCGCGGAUGAGAUGGUACGCACCGGACUGGCUGGCCCGCCAGGCAGUCUGACCACCGGUAUUGCCUUCGGCGUCCCUCCGAUUAUCAAAUUCGGCAAUGAGCAAUUGAAGCAGCGAUUUCUACCAGAUCUCUUCUCGGGCAAGCAGCGGAUAUGCAUCGCCAUCACGGAGCCAGAUGCUGGUUCCGAUGUGGCCAACAUCACCACCACUGCGAAGAAGAGCAGCGAUGGAAAAAAGUACAUUGUCAACGGUGCAAAGAAGUGGAUCACAAACGGUAUCUGGUCGGACUGGGCAGCGAUGGCUGUUCGAACCGGAGGACCCGGAGCAGCCGGACUCUCAAUGCUGCUGGUGCCAUUGAAGGGCCACAAAGGCGUCGAUAUGCGCCGGCUGAAGGUCUCUGGUCAGAUCAGUGCCGGUACGACAUACAUCGAGCUCGAUGAUGUCGAAGUGCCUGCAGAGAACUUGAUCGGAAAAGAGGGUAUGGGUAUGAAUUACAUCAUGACAAACUUCAAUCAUGAAAGACUCACGAUCGCCAUUGGUGCGACGCGGCAAGCGCGUGUGGCCUUGUCGGCCGCAUUCGAAUACGUCAUGAAGCGGGAGGCGUUUGGCAAGAAGCUCAUGGAGCAACCUGUCGUGCGGAACCGACUAGCCAAGGCUGGCGUGUUGCUGGAAAGUCAAUGGGCUUGGGUCGAACAGUUUGUGUACCAGAUGUGCAACAUGAAAAAGCAAGACGCCGACAUAGAGCUCGGGGGACUGACAGCGGCAGCUAAGGCUCAAGCCGGUAUCGUACUCAAGGAAUGCGCAGACUGCGCAGUGUUGCUAUUUGGUGGCAACGGAUACACCAGGUCCGGCCAGGGAGAAAUCGCAGAGCGCAUGUGGCGAGAGGUCAACGGCAACCGUGUUCCUGGAGGUUCCGAGGAUGUCAUGCUCGAUCUGAUGGUUCGGCAGCUCGCAAAGAAUUACCAGCGAAAGACGAUCGAGCUGGAGCGAGCCAAGGGCGCACGCUUAUGA